GUGGCCAUGUGCACCUAACGCUUAAGAACUCAGCAUUACAUACCAUCAUAAGAGGCCUGGCUCGUUAUCACUAAGUUACGAUAUGGCAAGUACAAACUACACUGCCAUAACCUGUCCAGUAUAUCAAUUUCCUGUCCUCAGAAUUAAAUCUUGAAUAAUUUUGUUUGUUAACGCGACUCAAAACCCGUACUAGUUAUGUUAAGUGACAGUAGUAGCUCGAUUUCGUCGAUUGAGUUCGUCCAUGAAAUUGAAGAGCCGCCGAUGGAACAACAGGCCCAGAUGAGACCCUUGAUACAGGAGAACCAUCGCAUACUUCUCCCGAGUUUUGUUAGUUACUCGUCGUCUUCGUCUUCUUUGCCACUGUGGCAAAAAAGACUGGUUGUUGCAAUCUGCAGUAUGGUGCUGGCGCUCGAGGGGGUCAAUUUGUCGCUCGCAGGACCAUUCUUCCCAGAAAAGGCCAAAGACAAAAAGAUGUCGCAGACUCAGAUCGGCUUCGUGAUUGGCUCUUUUGAUCUGGCCAAUCUGCUGUUCUCUUUUGUGGUCGCCACUUUGGUCUCCCCUCUCAACCUCAAAUUCUUCAACUGUGUCGGCAUCCUCUUCAGCUCAGUCGGCAUCGGGUGCUUCGCUCUUUCCAGCGAAGGACCGAACGGAGACGCUUACUUCUGGUCGGCUUUGGCUUCAAGAGGUGUGAAUGGAGUCGCCGCCUCGCUGCUCUACGGGACAACGAUGCCAAUCGCCACGCACGUUUUUCCCGAAAAAUCCUCCCUCGUGACAACAAUAAUUCAAGUUUCUAUGGGCCUCGGAACCAUAAUCGGACCACCACUGGGAAGUUUACUAAUUCCUGUGUGGGGAUUUAAGACUCCGUUUUUGUUCACUUCAAUGUGUGAAAUUACUUUAUUCAUACUUGCUGUCAAAUUUUUGCCCAGCCGAAAUGUUUCAAACAGAGCAAAAGUGGAUAAUACUGAUUAUUUCCAAUUCUUCUUCAAUUUUAGCACUUUGAGCGUCCUUAUUCCCACAUCUUGCCUGUUUUUCACUUCAGGACUACGCGAUACAGCUUAUGCGUUGUAUUUCCAAAAGACUCUGGAACUUAAAACGACUACAAUUGGAUACUUUUUCAUAGCACCCUCAGUUUCUUACAUUCUCUCCGGGCCAAUAAUUGGAGCUUUAGUUGGCAAAGGUUAUUCCGGAUUUAUCAGUGCCGGAGUUAAUUUUCUUGGACUUCUUACAACAUGCAUGCUAUUUGUUCCAAGAUUCAUUCCUGCAUUUGAGAACAUUCCGUGGGCUGCAAUGGUUUUACUUUUAAAUGGGUUGAUGUUUUCGGCAAUUUUUAACCCAACUUAUUUAAUUCUUGAGAAGGUGGCGUGCAAUCAAGGCUUUUCAGAUUCGCAACAACGAAAAACCCUGGCGGCGUCCAGUUUCAACCUCAUAGCUGCUUCUGGCAGGACCAUAGGUGCUUAUGGAUUGGGAGGGUUCAUAAAUGACUAUCUGGGAUUUUACAACACCUAUUUCAUUUACGGAGCAAUUUUAGCCAUAACUUCACUUUGGAGCUUCACUUUUCUAUUAAGAGGAAAAUUUCUGCAGCCCAUUUACUACACAGUUUCCUAAUACUGCUUAUAAUGUGAACAAUAUUUCCA